ACGGAUAAUACCCAGAGGUCAGAGAUUUAUUAGUCUCAUCUUUUCUUCUCCUCUUGUGCUCUCCUUUCGCUCGGCAGGUUUUGCAUUCCUAGCUCUCCAGGGAAUAUCUAGCUGCCAACUGAAAAUGGCAGAGGCAAUGGAACUCUCCGACUUCCCUACCCGGCGAUCCCAAUCAACAAUAGAUCGCGUUCUAGGCCCCGAUCAUGACUCUCAAAUUGAACCUGUCACUCAAUAUGCUCUUCCUCCUGUAGAUAGCGGUCGACGGGCGUGGACGUUCCUUGCAGCAGCUACAUUCGUUGAGAUUCUCAUUUGGGGUUUGCCGUUCUCUGUCGGUAUCCUGCACGUGUACUGGACCAACACUUUGUUCGUCGGGUAUGGUGCUUCGACGUUGACCUUGGCAGCCACUCUUCAGACGGGUUUAUUGUAUAUGAGCUGUGCAUUUUUCGGACCACUCUUUACAACAUGGCCGAAAUGGCAGAAGACCUUCCAGUACGCUGGUUUAUCUGCAGCGGCUUUAUCAAUGAUCACCUCUGCAUUCGCCUCAAAGCCAUGGCAUCUUCUCGUCACCAUCGGUCUCGUUUACCCUUUAUCCGGAGCCUGUUAUCUUCCUUGCGCAACUCUUUUGUUCGAAUGGUGGCAAGCUAAACGAGGAUUUGCCAGUGGUGUGAUGUAUGCUGGAACUGGUCUCGGUGGUUGUAUCUUUCCCUUCCUUACCAGUGGCCUUCUCAACCGAUUUGGCUACAAGACGACUAUGAUUUCCCUCGGUGUCGGUUACGCUGUUCUCGGUUCUAUAGCCCUCAUCCCAAUCAGGCGACGAAUCCCUCUCUCACGAUAUGACUUUGCGGCACCAGGAAGGAGGAAGCACAAAACUGACUGGUCGGUACUGAGGACAUUGCCUAUGUUCAUGGGUGUGAUGACCAUCCUCUUCACGAGUCUGGGCAACUUCAUACCGAGCUUGUGGCUUCCAUCCUAUGCGGAUGACCUCAAUCUCCAUGACCCCAACGGUACUGCUCUUAUCGCCAUACUUAACGGUGCCUCCGUGCCCGGUAACGCCCUCCUCGGCUACCUCUCUGAUCGCCUUCCUCUUCGUGUUGCCAUCACGCUCUCUUGUGUGGGUAGUGCUCUGGCCUGCGCCUUCUUGUGGGGUUUCGGGACAAAUGCAGGGAUGUUGAUCACUUUCGCUAUUAUUUUUGGACUCCUCGGGCCUAGUUUUUCGGCGGUAUGGUCAAAAAUGAUUGGAGUCAUUUCAAAGGAUGACCCCGUAGCUCUUACUACCAUCUUUUCAAUCUUUGCAUUCACUCGAGGCAUUGGGAAUAUCACUUCUGGUCCCAUCUCCGAAGCUCUACUCAAGUACAACACUAUGCAAGGAGCCGCUGGGGCUUACGGUCUGAACAAUUAUGGCAUACUGCUGGUGUACACAGCAGUCACCAUCAUCGCAGGUGGCGCGACCGGGUUGUUAUUCAGAGGGCGCUGAUGGUCGAGGUUAUUUUGGGCGUAUGGACAGUUAAUUUACAAGCAUAUAGACCAUUGUAUCAGUAGCGACAUACAUGUAAUGUUCUCCUUAUUCAAUUCCGGUAUGUAGUUCAGGUGUCUGUGACUCGGAGUAAGCGCACAGCUAGAAUUUAUAAAUAA